AUGAAUUCUGUCAAUUUUGCACAACAAACACCACUUGGAAACUUUAACAACUACAGCCAAUUGGAACCAGAAUAUCAAUACGAGAUGCAAGAGACAGGAGCAUUGGAUGAGGAAGAAAUGGAUUUUAAUUUCGAUCAUACAAAAAUGCUGGAGAAAGCUGUUCAAGAACAAAGUGUGUUAAACAUCGGAAAGGCAGCACGACAAGGCAUUUCAAAAGGAACUAUCAGUGAAGUUCAACUUGAAGAAUUCUGUAGAAAUACUCGUCGUCCAAACAUCCCAUUAUUCGGAUUUUUUCAAGAAUCAGAAAAUAGUACUUCAGAUGAACAAGCUUCGUUGAGAAUGGGUCAGAUGAUGAUUAUGAAAAUGUCAACUACAGAUGUUCGUAAAAUUGAAAGCGUACAAGCGUCACUAAAUUCGCUUUCAGCGAAUUUCGCUAAACACACAAAAGUUGGAUAUAUCAAGCAACAAAAGAUGUCUCGCGAAUACGAAACCCCAGGUGUAGAAGGAUUCAAAGGAAUCAACCUAUCCCGUCUGUAUAAUACAUCAACACUUAUUGGAAAUGAUGCUCUGACUCAAUUAACAAACUUUUAUCAGAAAGUUUUCAAAAUGUUUUUCCACCCAUCAUACACCAUCUGGACAUACAGCUUCCGUCCAGCUACCGUCAGACUGACAGAUAAACAUUUCCGUGAAUUCCCUCUACAAAUUUCAGACACAUUAACAGAGUUCGGUCUCGAUAUUGCUGGCUUGCAUCUUCCUCAAGAACUUCUCGAUGGAGAUAUCAGUGCGAACCAUCCAUUUUUGCAAAGUCUCCUCAUUGAAGACCCUGUCACGGAAAUCAAAAGAAGAAGAAGAGAACGUGAAAAAGCUAUUUUCACUGCUGUUUGUGCUAUCGGAAGAACCCUAAAAAAUCUUCGUGCAUAUCAUUUCGACAUCGAGAAAAGCUGCCUCAUAAACUGUCCAAACGGGAAAAAUUGCAAAGAUCACUUAAUGUGGGAGCAGCUAAAGACAGUUCGCCUUCAAAAUAGAAACAACGGAGUGAGCACAAACGAAGCCGAUCCUCGAGAAAUCCUUUCCAAAUUCGCUUCAAUGAAAAAUCCGUCUAGCACUUCUCCAGUUGCCAGUUCAAGCUCAUCUACAGUUGCCCACAAACAUUAA